CAAAAUUCCUAAAUUUGUUGUAGUCCGGUCUGACGUGUCGUUUAUUAUAAUUAAACUUCUAUUCCUCCCCAUAACCCGUAAACUUCGGCAUUUAAAGAAUUAAAAUGCAUUCUGUACUGCAAAGGGCGAAUUUCAUAUUCGCCUACACCCUUAGCGUUUUGGCCGUGUUAACCUUUUGCUGUUUUAUAUCCACAGUGUUCUUAAACUAUACCACUGAUGUGGAUGUAAAAACUGUGAAAGUUUAUGUUAAAAACGUUCCAGACUACAGUGCCUCAAGGGAACGAAACGAUUUAGGUUACUUAAGUUUCGACCUGAGGACUGACUUAACCCAUUUGUUUAACUGGAAUGUUAAACAGCUGUUUUUGUAUCUUACAGCUGAGUAUUCUACACAAAGUAAUGCCCUGAACCAGGUUGUGUUAUGGGACAAAAUUAUAUUGAGAAAGGAAAAUGCCGUGUUAGACUUUAAGAAUAUUAACACCAAAUAUUAUUUCUGGGAUGACGGAAAUGGUUUGAGGAACAACAAAAACAUCACUCUCACCUUAUCCUGGAACAUCAUACCGAACGCGGGAUUAUUACCGAACGUUUUCGGCACAGGAUCGCACUCGUUCAAAUUUCCCGCCGAAUACACCACUGCCAGAAUGUAGUUUAAUUGUUAAUUCAUAAAGUGUAAAACUAUUGGGAAGGGGAAAAGUGUAUUUUUUUGUGUGUGUAUGUUUCGGGACAAUUAUUGUAAUGAAUAAAACACCAACUGGAUUUUCUUUUUUAAAAA